CACACACCACUGGAUUCCCUAAGACCUAGAGGUAGAAGACCUUGGGAGUAACAGAAGACGGAGCAUGGGACACUUGGCCACAGUUCUCCUGCUGGUCUUAAUCCACGCAGACGGAGCCGUGAGCCAAGACCUUUUCCCCGAGCAAACGUCCCACCUGAGACAUUACCAGAUCGUCAUUCCUCAGCUCGUGCACAAGCGAUGGGAGAGACAUGACGACAGCAUGCGUACACACACAGCGAGUUCGGAUCCAGACAGUCUGACCUACUCGAUCGAGAUAAAUGACACCGUUCAUCUCCUACAUCUAAUCAAGAACAGAGACUUUUUAUCUCCGGAUUUCACUGUGGUCUCGCAUGAUGUGCAUCAGGUCUCAGUGAAAACACACAGAGUGAAACCUGUGUUGUGUCAUUACCACGGGCGAGUGUCGGGUUAUGAGGAGUCUCUGGUGGCGCUCAGCACCUGUACUGGACUCAGGGGCGUCAUUUUCCUGGGGCGCGAGAGUUACGCCCUGGAACCUGCUCGGAACGCUUCAAACAACGAGCACAUCCUGUUUCCCCUGAAGGACAACCCCUCGGAGCCGUUCGUGUGUGGGGUGGACAGCGGAUGUGAUCAGGGCGACUGUGGCCACACCUUGUCAAUGGACACGUUGUUACGGAGGAAGCGCUCCCUGCCUCAGACCCGAUAUGUGGAGCUGGUGUUAGUGGUGGACAAUCAGAGAUAUAACCUUAAGAACCGCAACCGCACAGCCGUGACGGAGGAAAUGAUACAGCUUGCUAAUUACCUGGACACGUACUACAAGGAGCUGAACAUCCGCAUCGCCCUGGUGGGCAUAGAGAUUUUCAAGACGGGAAACCCUUUCGACGUGAACGGAGACCCAAGAGAUGUUCUAGCGCAGUUUGCCGCAUGGAGGAAAGAUAAUCUGACAUCACAAAUCAGGAGCGACAUGAGCCAGCUCGUCGUGGGCCGAUCAGGAGCCUACAGCGGAGGGAUUUUGGGCAUGGCGUACGUCGGGACGGUUUGCUCAGCGAGCGCUGGCGGAGGAAUCAGCGUGUACAGCAACAACGCGCUGCAGUAUUACUCCACGGUGUUGGCGCAUGAGAUGGGCCACAAUCUGGGCAUGACCCACGAUGACGGACGCUGCCAGUGUGAUGGUCACAACUGCAUCAUGUACUCUCAGGCCACUGGGUCGACAUCGUUCAGCACGUGCAGUGAUCAGGAUUUCCAGAAUUUGGUCCAGCGAGGUGGAGGUCUGUGUCUGCUGAACGUGCCGACGAACAUCAUCACCAAGGCUCAGUGUGGGAACGGGGUCCUGGAGGAGGGUGAGGAGUGUGACUGCGGAACGCCUCAGACCUGCACAAAUAAAUGCUGUAAUGCAGCUACAUGCACCUUAACGAAGGGUUCAGCCUGCGCUACUGGUCUCUGCUGUCAAGACUGUCAGUUCAUGGUGUCCGGUGCGGUCUGCAGAUCCUCCGUGAACGAGUGUGACCUGCCCGAGUUCUGUAACGGGAGCUCACCUUUCUGCCCGGGAGACUUCUACCUGAUGGACGGCCUUACCUGCAGCGCCGGCGCCGCCUACUGCUACGAAGGCCGGUGCCAGACGCUGGACUACGAGUGCCAGCAGCUCUUCGGCAAAAGUGCAAUAAAGGCCAAUGAUCAGUGCUUUCCAUAUGUGAACACAAAGGGCACCACGUUUGGAAACUGUGGCUACUCCGGAACCACUCCCAUCCCGUGUACUGUAGCUAACUCCAUGUGUGGGAAGAUUCAGUGCACAAACUAUGACUCUAAUUACCCCCCGCCCGGGGCAGCCAUCAGCAUCCAGGAAAUAUCGCCAGGGGUCAAGUGCAUGAACGCAGACUUCAACCUGGGAAGCGACGUCCUCGACCCGGGAUACGUCAAAACGGGGACCGUGUGCGCUACAGGCAAAGUCUGUAUGAAGCUCCAGUGUGUGAACGCAUCAGUGCUGACAAGUGGACAAACGUGUAAUGCUGCAACUGACUGCAACAGCAACGGGGUGUGUAAUGAUUUGGGUCACUGUCACUGCAACGACGGCUGGGCUCCGCCUUCCUGCAACACACGUGGCAGAGGAGGCAGUGUGGACAGCGGACCUGCUCAAAUAGAUUACUCGCUGAGGAACGGCCUGCUCAUCUUCUUCCUGCUGGUGCUCCCCCUGCUGGUGCUGCUGAUCUUCGUCUUGCUGUACAUAUUCAGACGCGACUCUCUGAAAAGGUGUUUGAGGUGCUCGAAGCGCCGCAGGACAAACGAAACGAAAGCUCAGAGCAACGUCCAGCCGAGCAGAAAUGUCCAAAGACAAGCACAACCUCCACCACUGACGCGCGUUCCCUCUACAACUCCACAGUAUCUGCCGUCCACUUCUGCAGAAACCAGUAACACAUACAGUAACUUACAGCCUGCAGUUUGGACUUCUCAACUUCCCAGAAACGGGCCUGGAGCUCCGAGACCCAUUCCUCCCAGGAACGUCAUCAGCUGAGCGAAUUCAGGGGGAAAAGAGGUGUUUGUGGAAAUGCACAAAGAAAUAUGAAGUUAUUAUACGUCUGAUGAUAAAGAAAUGAUCUGCUGGUCUGAUUAUGAGAGUCUUAUUCAGUCAAUGACUAUAACAAUUAAAUCUGUUUUAAUUUAAGGAUAUAAUUAAAUGGUGUUUAAGGUUUGCCUGUUUAAUGAAGGUUGUCGUAUCGUCCCCUCAUUACCUCACUUCUUCAUUUCUUUUUCUUUGCACAAAAAAUGUCCAUACAG